AUGCCUAUGCUACACCCCUCAAUCGAGAACUCUUCACCUCAGUCGUUAAAGUCAAGCCCAGAGCGAGCCCUCGAGGAUGGGCAGUGGAAACCACAGUUUGCCCAUAUGACACGCUCUCGGCAUGGGAUGUCACUCUCCUCUUGCAUGGUUCCCUUCCUACCCAUACUCCUUACUGGGCGGACAAAUAGCGACAACAACGCGAAUGAAAAGCAAAGGUCACUUAGCAGGCCUACCGCAUACCUAGAUGGAUUGCGAGGCUUUGCGGCUCUACUAGUCUACUGGCAACAUCAUCAAAUUUGGGCCCACGAUGGCGGAGGGGUGGGAAAUGCCUUCGAGCUGGCCUACGGUUACGACAGCAAGUAUUAUUUCGCAUGCCUUCCUGGUAUUCGAACAUUGUUUUCGGGGGGGGGUUUGCCGUCAGCGUAUUUUUCGUGCUCUCUGGAGCUUCAAGGAAGCUACCGCGCGGAGCUAUGGAAUUGGUACGCUGAGUUCAAGAAUUUCAGUUUCCCUCUCCGAACGGGCGGCGAGCCCUGGUUCACAUACAAUUUCCAUGCUUGGUCUAUACCCGUCGAACAUCGAGGCUCUUUGGCUGUCUACACCGCCGUUCUCGCUUUUUCAAGAUUUCGCCGCGAUGCCCGGCUCCUAGGCGAAGUCGCGUUGGUUGUGUACUUUCUCUACAUUGCGGAUGGAUCACACUAUGCUAUGUUUAUUGCCGGCAUGCUUCUAAGAGAUCUCGACCUCUUGGCCAUGCGAAAUGAUUUGCCCCGCUUCUUUCUCAGACUGGGUCCCUUUAAGACAGCCAUCAUGACUUUUCUCUUCUAUGCGAGCCUUUAUCUUGGAGGGGUCCCCUCACAUACGGACAAUUUGCAACAAUUACGUGAAUCACCAGGGUGGUACCUCUUAUCCUUCCUAAAACCACAGGCAGUGUUCGAUUACAAGUGGUUUUACCUGUUCUGGGCGGCUGUCUUUCUCGUCGCAUGCACAUCUCACCUUCAGUGGCUCAAGACAUUUUUUAAUGCUCCAUUCAACCAGUACUUGGGCCGUAUUUCGUUUGCAUUCUAUCUGGUUCACGGACCUGUUCUGUGGAUUUUGGGUGACAGGAUCUAUGCUGCAGUGGGUUUCGUACGCGAUUCACACUCUGAGAAUUGUCCCUGGUGGAUUAAUCGCCUCCCCUUGCCUAACGUUGGUCCUCUUGGGCUUGAAUUCAACUUUCUCGUCGCGAAUCUGGUUUUGUUGCCCUUGACUAUCUGGCUGGCAGAGGUCACGACUAGACUAGUUGAUGAGCCGGCGGUGAAGUUCUCUCAGUGGAUGUACCAAAGGGCGCUGAUUGACAAAACCUGA